AUGGAUCAAAUUUGUUCAGAAGAAUCGCAGCAAAGAAACGUGGUUACCGUCAGAUUAUUCACUCAUAUGUUUCGUGCAUUUCAAAGAAAACGACAAAUAUACCUCAAAAACAGGAAGAGUAUUCUUAAAGAAAUUGCAGAUUUCUUACCACGGUACCAUGUGAUAAUCCAACAAAAUGUGGCGAAUAGGAAGUAUCAGAGCCGUUGUCUGAAUCAGUAA